CUUAAAUGUAAAAGCAUCCAUGAAUUUUAUCAGUUGUGAGUGCAAAAAUGAAAAGAGUAACAGCCUUCUGGGUUUUAAGUCUCUAUUUGCAGCUGGCAGUGUCCUUGCCAAGCCAGAGUUACUCUGCCGCGCAGAGUACAAACUAUGGAUCAUCAUACCCUCAAAAUAAUCCAGUUUUGGAGCAAUUGAGUGAAUGGCAAAACAUACCUCGCCAAGCACAAACAUCUUACGCUCAAGCUAGUGUCUCACCGACGAAUUAUCAAAAUAAUUGGCAACAAUUACAAAAUGAGUACACGGCCAAUAAUUAUGCUCAAACUGCAAAUGGUGUUCAAAGUAAUGUACAAAACUAUUUGAAUAAUCAGCAACAACAAAAUCUUGCUGUGAAUAAUUAUCAACAGCAAUCAGAGGCAAGAGCAAAUGCACAAGCUACCGCAGGAAAUAUGUGGAAGCAAGUUCGUCCUGUUGUUAAGUAUCAGCAACAGGGAGCAACUGCCACAGCAGUAGCCAACGCAAAUAGUGGUGGCGGUCAAUAUCAAUGGCCGGCCAAUAAAAUCUACAACACACAACAAUAUUUAACACCUCGAGUACAGUAUCCAGUUAACAAUGUCCAGCAACUGCUAGGGCAAUAUCAAUAUCCGUCAAAUGUACAUGUGAUACAUGCUUCUAGAGAUGAUUUGAGUAAAUAUGGAAUCAAAAUUUCUUCAAUUGCACAUAAUCUCCCAGUCCAAUCUGCUGUUGCACAAGCAAACGCCGUCGUCAGAUCUGCCAAUCCAAGCCAAUCAGGUGGAAAUCUUGUUCGUUUAAAUCCAAAUGUCCCAGUCAUAAAAAUCCAACCAAUUGUUGGAUCUCCUGUUACUAAUCCCACAUCACCUCCCCAGGUCACUCCGGUUCCAAUUGUACCUAUACCUACUUUACCCCAAUUUUUGAUUCCUUUGAUCAAUGCAGCUAACGAUGCCAUUAAAAAAGAAGCGGCAGCCGACAAUGCUGCACAAACAGCGCAAAAAAAUUUGAUUGCUGCUAUCAACAAAGCAGCCCUACAACUUGCGAUUGCAAAUGAAACAACUGCUACAACUGCAGCUCCAACACCGAAUCCAACAAAUUCUUCUUCGCCAAUAACUACUGUUGAACUUUCUAACACUACCACGGUUAGUUCUCUAGAAACUGUAAACAGCACUACUACAACAGUUUCACCUCUUUCGUCAAAUCCAGACGUAAAUGUUGCUUUAGCAGCUGUAAAUGCAGCUAAAAAAGACGCUGAAGAUAAAGCCAAAGAAGCAGAAGACGCUUCUAAAGCAGCUCAAGAUGCGUUAAAGAAACUCGCUGAUGCUUUGGAUGAGUUGCGCGAUCCUGAUUCUACUCCCGCUCCCAACAACUCGACGGCAACUACAGAUAGCCCUACGACAACGACCUCUACUACAACUACCCCUAACACACCAACGACAACACCAGCUAAUGCUACGACAACGUCGCCUACAACUACCCCUAACACACCAACGACAACACCAGCUAAUGCUACGACAACGUCGCCUACAACUACCCCUAACAAACCAACGACAACACCAGCUAACUCUACGACAACGUCUCCUACAACUACCCCUAACACACCAACGACAACACCAGCUAACGCUACAACUACGAUAUCUACACCUACAUCUACGACAACACCUGAAGAAACAACUGCUGCGGUUUCUUCAACUACACCAGCGCGUUCAAGAACCCCUAUAACCCCUAGGGCUCGUCCCAUACCAACGACAACUCCGAAGGAUAACGCAACUGCAACGACUACAUCUAAACCAAGAACACGUUCUCCGGUUCCACCUGCUAUUCGAAUGAUAUUGCCUUCUGAUUUAGCAGAGCAACUACCAGACUUUUUUUAUGAAGACGAGUAAUUAAUCUACCUCACGAUAAUGAUUUUUAUUUUAUUUUAUUGAAAAGGUGGUAGAUGGUUCGAAAAGUUUCAAUAUCAUCGGGUAGUUGAAGGUAAUACGAUGAGGAUAGAAACUGUAGCGUCAAAUGUAGGCGGCAGUACUCUUGAGUGUUCUUAAAUUUAGUCAAUUAUCCAUACUAUCCAGUUAAAAUUCAGGUUAAGUAAAAAUUGCUAUAAAUGUGGACCUAUGUGCAGUGUAUCCCGUCUAAAGGAUGAAUUACGAAAAAGAAAACCAACCAUUCAUUAGAAAAAGGUUGUAUUGAUUGAAAAAAAAUCUAAGGUCUCUUCUUUGCGAUCUCUAUGGAAUAAAUAUAACACUAUGAUUUUGCAGCUAAACACAAUGGGUACAAAUAUAACAAUAACAAUGUUUAUCUACCCAAAUAGUAAAGGGAACUAUCAAAAUUUAAGAACACUCAACAGUAGCGACACCUGAUGGGAGAAAUAGGUAGUUUUUAUCCUCAUAAAUAUCACUAAUAAGAUUUAGCUUUUGGCUAUUGGCGUGAAUUUGAAUAUGUGUGUACAGUCAUGAGCAAUAUAAUGUACCCACGUUGGGACUCUGUCGCACUAACAUAUUUGACAUUUUGUGAGACUUACAGUUCAAUUUGUCAAAAAAGUUAAUGUGACAUGGUACCAAAGUGUAUAACAUAUUAAUGCUCGGGACCGUACGUAAGAAAUUAUAUUAAUACUAUUUGAAAAAAUAAACUGGUGUUCGCGAAAAACAGGAUCUGACUUAUCUCAGACGCCAGUCUUCACUCGUAGAUAUCCUUUGUAAUGUGCUUACUUAUUCUUAAGUUAAUCUAUGCAUUGUAGAAAAUAAAUUAUUUAUUUAUAUACACA